AAAAUCAUUUCUUUCCAGGUUAAUAGCAUCAAAUUGAUUAUCAACUAAAAGACAUGGGAAAUAUUCCUGAAGUUCUCCCCAGGUUGACGAUGAAAGUAGCAUUUAUCACCGGCGGAGCUCAAGGGAUCGGAGAGAAAACCGCAAGGCUAUUCGUUAAACAUGGAGCCAAAGUCGUUAUUGCUGAUAUCCAAGACGAAUUAGGCCAAUCUGUGUGUGAAGAUAUCGGUCUUGACAAGGCUACUUUUGUUCACUGUGACGUGACAAUUGAAUCAGAAGUUGAAAAUGCCAUAAAUAUGACACUUGCCAAAUAUGGUAAGUUGGACAUAAUGAUCAAUAAUGCAGCCAUAGUGGAUGACGUAAAGCCCAAUAUUCUUGAUAACGAACAUGCAACUUUUGAACAAGUGAUGAGGGUCAAUGUAACCGGUGUGUUCUUAGGAACCAAGCAUGCAGCUCGAGCCAUGAUCCCAGCUCAUAGCGGCAACAUCAUUAUGAUGGGAAGUAUUUCAGGUAGCAUUGGAGGGAUUAUUUCUCAUGCUUAUUCGAGUUCAAAACAUGCGAUCGUGGGUCUCACUAAGAACACUGCAGCGGAACUUGGCCAAUAUGGGAUUCGUGUUAAUUGCUUAUCGCCUCACUUUAUUCCUUCUCCAUUAACCACUAAUUUGAUAAAUGAUCAUCCUGAAAAAUACUCAAAAGUUUAUUCAAACCUCAAAGGGGUAGCUCUUAGCCAAGAUGAUGUUGCGGAAGCUGCUCUAUUUCUCGCUAGCGAUGAGGCGAGGUAUAUGAGUGGGCAUAAUUUGGUACUUGAUGGAGGGUUUACGGUGAUUAAUCCGGCUUUUGGUCUAUUUGCACGAGCUUCCCCUAUGGAAUAACUCUAGUGUUUAGUUAAAAUAUGAUGAAUGUGCUUAAGCUACUUGUGUAAUAUAUAAUGUUUCUUCUUGUAAGGUCAAUGUUAAAGAAUAAGAGUAACUCAUUUGUCCUAAAAGUUACGGAGUUAUGUUUUUUCA